AAUAAAGACCUUGUUAACGCGUGUACAUAUAUAUAAAAUAUGAAUAAAAUAUUUGUGGAGAGCAAAUCAUGUAAUGGCUAAUCUAUGUCUGUUUCUUUAUAACAAAAAUACAGAUUUUCCAAAUAGUCAUAUUCUACAGGUAUGACACCGGUCAGAGGGAUGAAUCCGACAAUUCCAUGUUUGUUACAACGUUUGCAGAUAUACAUUCUAACAGCGUUCGUUUUGUUUAUUCUCAUGGGUUCAGGAAACAAUUUUAGUAAUGGUGCCAGCUAUAAGGAUCAAAACAGAGACUGGAAUGUAAGCUCUAUCAAACUGCAUGAUCAGAUAAUGACAAUGGAAGCACAGAUGCGAGAAGUGAAUAGAAGAUUGGAACACGCAAAAGAGAUGUGCAAAAUUAUUUCAAUAGCUGUUCAUAGUAAUUUUUCAAAAACAAACAAUCUCUACUAUUGUAAAAUACCAAAAUGCGCAUCUGCAUUUGUCGAUACAUUUUUUAACUACUUGGAAACUGGAAAUAAAAAAAGUUACAAUAACGCUCUCACAGACCUGCAAAUAUCUUCGCUUUCAAGACACAAAUUCAUGUUUGUAAGAGAUCCGUAUUCUAGACUAUUCUCUUUAUAUGAAGGGUAUUUUUAUCAUCCGAGCGACGUUUGGUAUACCGUAGGAGUUGACAUAAUUUCUAAAGUUAGGAAUAACACAGCUUCGAGGACAUUAAACUUGGGACAUGAUGUUACGUUUACAGAGCUUGUUAAAUAUAUAGUGAUGUUAGAUGAUAAAAAUAUGACGUCUAGUUUUUUUUAUCCCAUGUCUUCUUUAUGUAAUCCGUGUGAAUCAAAUUUUGAUUUCAUUGGUAAGCUUGAAACCUUUUCUGACGACCUUGCCGUGCUAGUGAAUAAAUAUCUUAACAAAAACGCAACUCUAAACAGAAUCAUAACAAUUAAAGAAAUUGAAUCAGAAAUUAAAUAUAGACACUCAAUAAACUGGAUUACUGAAAUGUAUCAAAUGUACACAAAGUACAAAUCUGUAAUUCCACAGUUUGAACUGCUUCAGAGGUUUUGGUCGAGUUCACAAAUUCGCGGAAAGAUAUCAAAGUAUUACAACAUUCCGUACUUCAAAGAUGACCAAGGAGUUAUAGACGAAAACACGUUUACAAGAUCUUUUCAAUCCGCUAUGUAUGCAAGUAAAAGUUAUUCAGAGGAACUGAAGGCACAGCAUCAAGAAGCAUUGGUACAAGCUUUUAGAAGUGUUCCAAUACAGUUAAUACAAAAAUUGAAAAAGAUUGUUGAGAACGAUUGUCGUUUAUUUGGGUAUGACAAUGAACCAGACAUUCUGUUUAAGAGACAAACAAUGAGUGAUAAAUUGCAAAACGUCCAUGACUACUUUCAGGGUAUUUAGUAUACGAGAGAUUUAUUAAAUAGUAAAAACACUAAAUCUUUUUUAUUUUCUCACGAAAGUUUUUUUUUAACUUAUAUUAUGAAUUUUAAUCUUCAAUAUUUACAAUUAUUUAUUUCUAUCAUUUCGCAUUACGGUACUUUUCUAAAAUGCUGAAUGUUGAAGUGUUGCCAAAGAAUGAUUUAUCUAGAUAGAAAGCAAAU